UUUCGGAUGCGGGAGAUCACUACUCUCGAACUAAGAAAAAAAUACUCAAUACUGAACCGAUCUGGUUAGGUUUUUGAUUUUAUUUUCUUCAGAAAUGGCAGCAAUUUACAGUCUUUACAUUAUCAAUAAAUCAGGCGGUUUGAUCUUCUAUAAGGAUUAUGGAUCAGCUGGGAGGAUGGAUACGAAUGAUAGUUUAAGAGUGGCGAGUUUAUGGCAUUCGAUGCACGCCAUCUCGCAGCAGCUUUCGCCCGUUGUUGGUUGUUCCGGAAUUGAACUGCUACAAGCCGAUACGUUUGACCUCCAUUGUUUUCAAUCCCUAACUGGGACAAAGUUCUUUGUGGUUAGUGAACCUGGAACACUAAAUAUGGAGAAUCUCUUGAAAGUCAUUUAUGAAUUGUACACAGAUUAUGUGCUAAAGAACCCUUUCUACGAAAUGGAGAUGCCCAUACGAUGUGAACUCUUUGACAUCAAUGUGACACAGGUGAUACAAAAGGAUCGUGUUUCUUUGCUGGGUCGAUGAAUGACUAGGAAUUUUACUGUUUCAUAUAGCAUUUUCUUGUUCUUGUCAUUUUUAUCUUUGGAUAUGCUGCAAGAUCUUUCAGCUUGUAUAACAUUUGUUUCGGGUAGGUCAUCUUACUAUUACUGCUGGUGCUGGCAUACAUUUGUUUGACCUAAA